AUGGACAUGAAGAUGAUUGCAAUUCUUUCGGCAUUUUUUGUGGUUUGUUUGGCGUCAAGUUGCUCAGCUGCCACCGGAUCAAAUUUGCCUACUUUGGAUUUGAUGGAGUUUCUCGAGAAAAAAAGGUUGUACGGAGAAUCAAAAGAGUUUAAAAUUUUUGAUUUCAUUAAAUCGUACAAAUUCUUGUGGGAAUUUGAACGAGAUAAAGAUUUGAAGCUGACGACAUUGGAACGUUACAUGGUCAGCAAUCAGCCUGAGAAACCACUCUACUUAAUGGACUACGACGACUCCAGACUAUUCAGGUUGAGUCAGGAUGAACGCAAGGAAUUAUUCGACCUAAUCAAACAAAGAGUAAUUAAACUGGCCUGA